UAUGUUUAAUAGUGUACAACGACUACAGUGCUAAAGUUAUAAUACAUUAAAAAAACCUUAAAACUAUUAGUAAGUAGUGUUAUUUGAAAUUUAGUACAGUAUAUAAUUUAGUCAUGACCUAAAAAUUAAUAUAUCUGUAAUAGUACAUCAAACGGUCCGAAAACAAUGCAUAAUACCGUUGAGUUUUACUCAAUCGUAUCUUGUUAAAAGUGAAAUAUAAGUAAACGAAUGCAAUUAUGAGAAGCGAAAGUGAAAAUGCGAGCAUCCGAUCACAAACCAGUAAUUGUUUAUAGCAAUGUGUAACGCGUAACUGAAUAAAAUGCAAUGACAUCAGUUGGUAACAUAACUGAAGACCUUUGUAAAAUAUGUGACGGCAGGGUUGAAUGUGCUCCGACAGCUAUCCUUCUUAUAUCUCUAGUUCAUACUCUCUACGGUCAUAUAGGACCAGAAAUUGAUUAUUUCGGUAAAAAUAGACUACAAUUGACAAAAUCUGAGAGCAAGGUUACAGUGGAUUUGAAAGAAGUGAGAUAUAAAGAUACGGAAGAUGAGAAUAGAAAUGAAGACGUUGAUAUCAGGGAUGUGGAGUUUGAUUUUAUUGUGAUUGGCGGGGGUACUGCUGGCUGCGUGGUUGCUAGCCGACUUUCUGAAAAUAGGAAGUGGAAGAUACUUUUAAUAGAAGCUGGCGCGGAGGAACCUAAAAUGACCCUUAUUCCAGCGCUUACAAGUGAAUUCAAAGGAUCUUCUCUUGACUGGCAAUACACAAUGAGACCGAAAAAGGGGUUUUGCCAGAAUCGCAUAGAUAAAGGCUGCGAAGUCGUGCAAGGCAAGGUUCUUGGCGGAACAUCGUCUAUUAACGAAAUGGCCUACAUAAGGGGCAGCCCCGCAGAUUACGACGAGUGGGCACUUAAUGGCAACGAAGGGUGGAGCUUUAGCCAAGUGCUACCGUACUUUAAAUACUCCGAGGGGAAUUACGACAAAGAUAUAUCGAAAAACAAAUUCUUCCAUUCAACUCAAGGUCCGCUAGAUGUGGGCCGAUACCCGUACGUUGAUGAUAACGUGGACGUUUUACUAAGCGCCUUUAAUGAAAUGGGUUACAACUACACUGAUAUAAAUGGCAGAAAUCAACUGGGGUUCAUGAGAAUACAGACAACCUCGUACUUGGGCGAAAGAGUUAGCACCUACACAGCCUUUAUAGAACCAAUAAGAAAACUACGUUCGAAUAUUGUUAUAAUUACAGAAGCAUUAGUUACUAAGAUUAAUUUUGAGUAUAAAAGCGAUAGUUUAAAAGCGAAUGGUAUAGAAUUUAUAAAAAAUGGUACAAAGAUAAGUAUAAGAGCAUCAAAAGAAAUAAUUUUAAGCGCUGGAGCUAUUAAUUCACCCAAGCUGUUAAUGCAAUCAGGGAUAGGUCCUAGAGAUUACUUGGAGUAUUUAAAUAUAGAUGUUUUAUAUGAUUUGCCAGUAGGAGGAAAUUUUCAAGAUCAUUUGUCUGUUUGUUUACCAGUGAUAAGACUAGCUAGAACAGCUACUAAAAUAAAUUUUCCUGAUAAAUUAAAGGACAUAACUACUUACUAUACAAAAGGUAUCGGACCACUAUCAGCCAAUUACCAAGUAGUUGCGUUCAUCGAGUCUUCUAUUUCCGAAGUCCUUGGAACACCCGAUAUUGAAUUCAGAUUUCGUGGUCACGACUCUAACAUGUACUACGAUAAAAUGGACAUGUGCAUAUCUUUAUUAACACCUAAAAGUAGAGGCCAAGUUGUGUUAAACGCAACGGAUCCUAUUUUCGGAUCUCCGUUAAUUUAUCCGAAUUUUCUAAAGAACCCAAAGGAUGAGAAGAAACUGUUAGAAGGAAUACAGGAAAUAGUAAAGCUUUUUGAUACAGAAGUUUUUAAAACAGCGGAAUACGAAUUUGAUCCGAAACCAAUUUUAAAUAACGAAUGCAGGGAACAUGAACGUGUUUCUGAACAGUUUUGGCUUUGCAUCAUUAGACAUUUUUCUGCGCCGCUUCAUAAUUAUGCAGGAACGUGUAAAAUGGGGCCUCCUAAAGAUCCAGAAUCCGUUGUCGAUAAUAAUUUAUUAGUGUAUGGAGUAACUAAUUUAAGAGUAGUAGAUGCGUCAAUUAUGCCUAAGAUUACUAGAGGUUCCACCGCAGCACCAGUCAUAAUGAUAGCUGAAAAAGCAAGUGAUAUAAUAAAAAGUAUUUGGUAUUAAA